UUCCUUUUUAUGUAUCCAUUAAACACAGCAUGGGCGAGAGCUACUGUUUAUCGUGAAUUGAAGCGGGUCCCUUAUAGCAAGUCACGUGGUUAAAGGACCAAUGAGCAUUUAAUCGUGAAAAUGGCGACCGCUAUGUAUUUGGAGCAUUAUUUGGACAGUCUAGAGUCCUUGCCAACAGAGUUACAGAGAAACUUUACACUAAUGAGGGACUUGGAUCAGAGAGCACAGGAUCUAAUGAAGGAGAUCGACAAAAUGGCAGAGGAAUACCUUGAAAAUGUACGACAGAUGUCACCUGAGAAACGAACACAACAUUUGGCAGAGAUCCAGAAGAGAUUUGGAAAAAGCAGAGAGUUUGGAGACGAUAAAGUUCAGCUAGCGAUGCAGACAUAUGAAAUGGUUGAUAAACAUAUUCGAAAAUUGGAUGCUGACUUAGCAAGGUUUGAGGCAGACUUGAAGGAGAAAUCUGUGUCUACAGCAAAUCAGAAGUUGAAGGGAGUUGAAGGACCAGAUACUGGAAAGAAAAAUAAAGACAAAGAUAAAAAACGGAAGAAGAAAGACGAGUUUGAGGAUGAAAUCCCAAAGAGGAAAAAACUGAAAAAGUCCCAGACACAACUCGAGUCUCCGCCUUUGAUCAUUCCCCAGUUACCUUUAUCCAUAACCCAUCCGUCCGAUGUCCUUGACAUGCCAGUUGAUCCGAACGAACCCACUUACUGUCUCUGCCACCAAGUGUCCUACGGGGAGAUGAUAGGCUGUGACAAUCCAGAUUGCCCCAUUGAGUGGUUUCACUUUGCCUGUGUCGGUCUCAAUAUGAAGCCUAAAGGAAAAUGGUUUUGUCCCAGAUGCACAGAAGAAAGGAAAAAGAAAUGAACAAAGCAUUUCUUUUAAGAAGAGACAAUUAUUUCUGAUUUCUUUGCAUGAUUGAAGGAGAGUGCUCAUGCGGAUGUGGAACAAGGGCAGACAACUCUGUGGAAUGUGAUAUUUCUUGUUGUUAAGUGUGCUGAGAGUUAUGAAGUCUGAAGUCGUAGAUUAGAUGCCCUGUCAGUUUGAAAAAUACAUGAUACGAUAACACUUUCAGUAUAAUUUGAGAAUUUUAAUUUGCAUGUGUUUGAAAUGUCAUGGAUAUGUUCAGACUCUGUGUUUGAUAAUGAUCUAAUCAGGACAGUUCAUUUUUAUCGUGUCAUUUUUAUCCUGUUUGUUCUGAAACAUAAAUCCUGCUACAGUUUCAGACAUGCCUUUUUGCUGUACAGUUAUUGGGAUCGGUUAAUACAGACAUCUACAGGAAUGCUGUAGUUGUGGUGCCUAAUACAUUUGAAAUACAUUAGCAUGUAUAGUGCACUACAUACAUGCAAAUUGUAUAGAUUGACAUUUUUGUGAGGAAAGGAAUAGUAUUCUGUGACUUAGAUCAGUUCUAGUGGAACUGGUUAAUAGGCUCUUUGUUUUGGCUUGUUUUAUGAGUGAUUCAGUAGAUGUGGGAGAAACACUGAAAUGUUCAGAACUUCCCAAGUUCUAUUUCUCUAAGCUUCUGUCAUAGUGUACAGGUUAUGUACACUAUUAGGAUUAGGAUAAGGCUACAUAAGAAAAGUUUUGGUAAAUGUAUUUCAAAAGUUUUGUGAAAGUUAGCUCAGAUGUUUCUUUAAUGAUGAAGCUGAUAAUGCCAAAGAUGUUUUUUUGUGUGUGUUCAGUCCUUGUUUAUCCAUUCCAUCCUUCCAGUGAAAUAUACUUACCUGCAUGUGUGUUGUGUGUGUCUUAAGGACUUUGAGUUUGAUAUUGAAGUGGACAUGGACUUGUACAUGAAACUGACAAUAAUACUUCUUCAGACUGCACAAUUUAUGGACAUGUCAGAUGGAUGAAGGAGUACACUUAAAGCUCUCUCAGGCCGACUUGAUUCAGCCUUUGUCGAAGUUACGC